AGAGAACGGUGUGCGCGUCACUCUGAUCCCAGGCUCCUGGUUUGAAUCCUGGAGAAGCAGAAAAAGCAGCUGCUUGGGCGACGGGGGCUCCCUCGUAAUGACUUCUGGGAAGUGUAGUCCUCGUGAAGCUACGAGAGGGUUGCCUGACGCGACCGGAACUACAACCUCCAGAAGGAAGCGCGGCGUUGCCUAGGAAGCUGACUGCCUGGCGUUCCAACGGCUCUGGGGAAGCGAGGACUGGCUGGCGGCGAGAACAGGAGAUCCAGCUCAGAGUUCAAGUUGAAGAAGGGCUUCCCUUUGGAUGAUAAAGUACUCCAGAUACACUCCUGCUUUCGGAUGACGUCAUACCAGUUCCAUCAAGCAGGAUACCAGGAAUAAUGUAUGCUGAAUUUAAGCACAGUAUGAUAGGAAGCUAUCGUAAGCCGCCAGAUAAAAUAACUAACCCUUCAGUUGCAUACCGUGAAGCAGCACCUCAAGAUAAUCUGCCUAAGAAGUUGGAGCCCCUUUCUAUUCCAAACAGCCAUGCUCUUUUGUUGGCUCUGAAAACUCUUCAGGAUAAGAUUCAUCGACUAGAGUUAGAGAGGACACAAGCUGAAGAUAACCUGAAUACCCUUUCCCAAGAGGCUGCAUUGUAUAAAAAAGCCUUGCAGAAUGAAAAUAAUGAGAGAAACCUGGCACACCAGGAACUGAUAAAGCAAAGAAAAGACAUAAGUGCACAGCUCAGUGCUGCCCAGAUUCGCUGUUCUGUUCUAGAGAAACAACUGGAACUCACAAAGAAAGUGAUUUUGAAUGCAGAACAGGAAAAGAAUUUUGCCCUAGAGCAACAACAGCUUCAGUGGGAAAAGGGUCGGGAUCAGAUAAAGCUGAAUGAGAAACUUGAAAAACUUGAAGUCUUAGAAAAAGAAUGUGUCAGGCUAACAACUACUCAGAAGACAGCUGAGGAGAAGAUUAAACAUUUAGAGCAAAAACUUAUUGAGGAAGAACAUCAGCGUAAGCUAAUUCAAGACAGUGCUGCUCAGCUUCAAACUGGACUUGAGAUCAAUAGAAUUUUAAUGUCUUCAGUUCUACCUUCACAACAAACCAAGAAAAAGAAAUCUGCAAAGGGAAAAAAAAGUUCAAAGAAAGGACUUCAGCAGACUCAUUCAAAGUUUGGUGCCAUUGGAAAGUCUGCCAAUGAGAGUCAUUUUGUGAAUGCAAGUGUGCAAACCAUCCUGAAUAUGACGAAACAUGGCAACUCACCUUCCCUUCAGGCGUGCCCCGAAGCACCUGAACGCAGGGCUAUUAGUAAAAGAACUGUCCGAUGCAGACCCACCUCCUCUUACUCUAGUAAAUCCACUUCAAUUGGUGAUGGUUUGACUGAUCUAGUGAUGGCUAUGCAAGAUGAACUGGACCAAAUGAGUAUUGAACACCAAGAACUUUUGAAGCGAGUACAGGAAAGUCAAAGACUUUCAGUUAAUGCAGAAAUAGAAUAUGAACUGGAAUGUUUAGCAAGAAACAUGGAAGUGAAAGGGGAGCAAAUAUGCAAACUGAAGAAAUAUCAAGAUCAUGUAAAUAAACUGCAACAAAAGUCUCAAAACUCAAAGAGUGAAGCAUUCAGCAAUGAGCCAGAAGAUGAAAACUAUAAAAGAACAAAGAAUGUGCCAGUCAUGGUGGUCACCAGAAAGGGCACAAAUAAGACUAAGCCUCCACAGGAAAACUGCAGUUGUCACAUGCCACAAAAUCGUUUCCAAAAGAUCCAAAUGACAUUGAGAAAAGACGACAUCAAGUGGGAACAGUAGAGCAAUGGUGUAGAAUUCAAUUUCAAUGAACCUUGCUGAUCAUUGGGAAUUUUUAAUUGUCUGAAGUGAUUUUAAUUUAAUGUAACUUUUAAGAAUUUUCUAAUUAUGUUUCAUGCUCAUAAAGUAUUAAAUAAUAGUAUUUUUUAAAAAAUUAAUGCUGAGUGACUUGCUAGGAGUUCCCCAGACUAAGUGGUUUCUUUCUCUUAUUCAUUGAAAUAUCGUGGCAUGAUUUCAUCAAAUUUUAGAAGAAUUAUUUAUUUUUGGACAUGUCUAGAACUAAAUUUUAGAAACAGCAUUGGCAAAAUUCAUUCUUGAAUUUGAGGUAAGGAACUUUAAAAUCUCUAAUCUUGAGGGAAAUGGAAUUGAUGCUUCUUACCAACUUUAUGUUAGGUCUGUGAAUUAAAAUGUUUUUGGAGAAGAAACUUUAGAUUAAAAAUAAUAAUCUCCAGAAGUAACCCCUGAACACAUCUUUACUUGAUGAAUCUGUUUACUGUUUUCACAACAUAACAUACUUGAGCUUAUACCAUUCUACCUCCUUAAUUUUGCUUUUAUUAUUCCAUGAUCUGUAAAUGCUCCUCUUUAAUCUCUGACUGACUGUCCAAAUCCUACCCAGUCUUCAAAGCCCAACCCAAGUCACAUCUUUUCCAUGAAAUCAUUCCCAGUCAUUUCAGUGGUUUGAAUCUCAUUUUUGCUGCUUUUAGUACCUAUUGUCCUAAAUAUCUUAGGUUAAUCAUGUAGUGUCCUUGAACCUGUUUCCUCAUCUCUGAAAUUAGAGGCUAGAUAACCUAUGAGGUUUCUUCUAGCUCCAAACCUGUGGUCUCUCCCUUCUUAAACUAUUUACUGUACCCAGUAUCUUCAAAAACCGACAAUUUCUAACCCCCAAAUUGUCCAGCCUUGAGAAAGUAUUGAUUCAAACAUAGAAGCUUCCCUUCUCUGUCUGUAUUUUUACUUUAUAAAUAUCUUUACUGUAAUCCUCCUCUGCAAUUUUUAUUACUUUAAUCUUUUAUUUAACACUUAAGAUGGAACAUCAGUAUAACCAAAUAAACUUGCUUGUAAUUUAAUUUAUUUCAAUGUAACAAGUAUCCAUUUUUUAUCAGGAUUUUUUUUUGUCUAGUCCCACAUAGUUUUCCUCUUAUAUGGGAAUACUUAGUAAGCACCCAUUUCAUGUGCUUCUGGUUUUCUUUUGUUUUGGAUUAUUUCAUAAAGCAGAGGCAACAUUGUGUGGUGGAUAGAGAGCCAGAAAGAUCUGGGUUCAGGUCUCUCCUCUGACAUAUUCUGACUGUGUCAUUCUGGAUAAAUCACUUCACCUCUCAAUGUUCUAAGCAAAUCUCUAGGACUAUAAGUUGCAGAAAAGGUGUAUUCCCUCAUCCAGGAGUUCUCUGUAAAGUCAUAAGUCUAGUCCCUAUCCCUAUUAUUUCAUGAAAGUAAUCCUUUUACUCAUUGUUCCUGUUCUUUCAAAAUUUUCAUUUUUAGUGAGUUCACAUCCCCCUAGUACAUUGGCUGGGGUUAUAUGAGGGUCAGAAUUAAGGAAGUAGGGAGAGUGAAUCCCAAGGAAAUGUACCCAGAGGGAAAGAGGAAGAUGAGUAAUAUCCGGGGGAAAGAGGAAUUAGAAUUCACUCUGGCUAUGGCAAAAGAAUUUCCUGUACAUUGCCAUGAGAGCUAAUUGAAAACAGAGAACUCUGUUAUAUGCAAUUGCCCUAAGUCAUAUUUUCCUGUAGGAAAAUAAAUAGGGUAGUUUCUCUGUGUUUAGCAAUAACUCUCAACAGGUAGCAACCCUUGGAAGAUCCAAGAGGCAACCUGGCUUAGUGGCUAGAGCUUUGAACUUGGAGUCAGGAAGAACCAGGCAAGUCACUUAAAGCUUUCUAGCCUGAGUUUCUCCAUCUAUAAAGUGAGGAGAUUGGAUUUGAUGACCUCUAAAGUCGUUUCCAUCUCUAAGUCAUCUUAUGGUCCUAUAACCCCUCAACUCCACUAUUAUCACAUCAGCACAGUGUCUGGAAUGUCGUAAGCAUUUUAUGAAUCCUGUUCUUAUUGACAUUGUCCAUACCAGAGUGUUCUCUCUUCUGCCUUCCUUUUUUCAAGGGCCCAGGCCUUUGUUUAAACUUUACUCAUAGAUUCAUAGAUUUAGAGCUGAAAGGGACCUCAGUAGUCAUCUAGUCCAACUUCCUUUAUGUUAUAGAUAAGAGAAGUGAGGUCAUAGAGACUGAGUCCCUAAGGUAGAGUGUGUAAUAAAUGUUAAUGCCAAGACUUGAAUCCUAUUCCUCUGACUCCAGAUACAGUGUUCUUUUGCGCUGUGUGGCCCUGCCUCUCCAAAUAAACCCAUGUGUACUUAU